UUCUGUGAUUCUGUGAUUCUGUGGUCAGAUGGAAAAAAAGCUUUGGAAGGACCAUUGUAUGAUCCUCAAGGAUGAAGAAAAUGAGCUAAUAUGGACACCCAUGAGCAGUGGGCAGCUGGCAGCAUCUGCGCUGGUGCCAGAGCAAAGGGCCAGAGGGCAUAUUUGGCUACAAAGCUCAAGGCUGGCAGUCUUGUGCGUUGCUGGAUACAUCCUGUCCUGUGGGGCUCUGCUGCUGCUGUUUUACUGGAAGGCAGAGUGGGAUGUGUGGGCGAACUGCAUCCGCUGCAGCUUGGAAGAAGCAGACUUUGUUCUGCUCAGAACAACAAGAUACAACUGGAAGACGGUGACCUGGAUUGAUUUGUGCACACUGGCACUACCUGUUGGUAGUAAUUCAGGUGGUUGUCUUGUAGCUGAUAAAGACUCUGUUGUAAACAGAGCUGUAAUGAACCCACAGUUAAAGAUGAGAUGUAUCCAGGUACAGAAAAUCUGUUAUAUUUGGGACUUUUCUGUAAAAGAAUUCAAGAAAGCGGCGCAGCUGUUGUGUGGCCCUAAUGCCAUCAAAGUUAAAAAUCAUCCUAUUUGGAAGUUAAUCUUUAAAGAGGUCAGUAACCCCUUCUACGUGUUCCAAGCCUUCACCCUCAUGCUGUGGCUGAACCAAAGCUACACUGAAUAUCCAGUGGCCAUCAUAAUAUUGUCAAUCAUUUCUGUUGGCUUAACUGUGUCUGACCUCAGACAGGUAAUCUACCAGCUGCACGACCUCAUUGAGGAACAUAACAAAGUCCAUGUUACAGUCUGCACGAAGAGUGAAGGUUGCAAAGAGCUGGAGUCUUGUUACUUAGACCCUGGAUACAUGUUUCUUUUAGAUGGAAAAAGCUCUCUCCCAUGUGAUGCUGUCCUGACUGAUGGAAGCUGUAUUGUGAAUGAAGGGAUGCUCACAGGUGCAACCCUGGAGUUUGAAAUGCUAACACCCUGUACAGACUGUCUGUCAGGGAGAUGUUAUGUUUUUUUAUGUAGCCCACAAAGUAAGUAUGAGGGAUACAUCCGUGCUGCAGGUGAGAGCACUGAGCCUUCAGUUGCUCAGGACCCUUGGAAUAUUGUUCAGUUCUGUAAUUCAAAAAGGGGGGAGGAGGGGAGAGAGGGAAGGGAGAUGGACAGAACAAAGCAGAAUAAAUCUGUCAUCUCCAGGGGCAGAUCUUGGGGCGCGUUGUUCCUGGGCAGGAGGGUCAGACCCCCUGAGAGUGAGGGUAGCAGGGAAGGGAGGCUGUUGCCCACCACCGCCCCUGUUGGCUCUCAUUGUUUGCAGAAACUAGUGGCGGGAGUGGUGGCUAUGGCCCUCCUCCUCUUCACUGUGGCUGUGCCUCCCGCUAUCCCUGCUGCCUUGACAACAGGCACUGUUUAUGCCCAAAGAAGGCUGAAGAAAAAGAUUUUCUGUACCAGCCCUCAGAGGAUUAAUAUCUGUGGGCAGAUCAACCUCGUUUGCUCUGACAAAAUGGACAUGCUGACAGUAGAUAGACUGAACCUGUGGGGUGUCAUCCCUUCUGAGGGAAGCCGGUUUCAGAAAAUCCAUAAGUUCCCAUCCAGCACUCCUCUGCCCUGGGGACCUGUGUGUGGAGCCAUAGCAACCUGUCAUUCACUGGGUGUUUUGGACAAGAAGAUUCAGGGAGCACUGGACCUGAAAAUGUUUGAGGGCACACACUGGGCUGUAAUGGAAGAAAUAGCAAUCCUACAUCAAUUCUCAUUUUCUUCUGGGCUGCAGAGGAUGUCUGCAGUUUCACAGAAGGUCGGAGAGGAACAGUAUGACCUGUACAUGAAAGGAGCACCAGAAAUAGUGUCUAGCUUUUGUAGACAAGAAACUGUCCUAGCUAAUUUCUUAAAGGAGCUUAAGACAUACACAUGCCAAGGCUUCAGAGUUGUUGCCCUGACCCAUAAAGUGUUAAACCUAGGAAAAGAUGUAGAUGUGAGCAACCUGGAGAGAGAGGAGGCAGAGUCUGAGCUGGCAUUCUUGGGCCUCCUGGUGAUCAAGAACUGUCUGAAGCUGGAGACGAUGCCAGUGCUACAAGAGCUGGCUGCUGGCAUCAGGAGCAUCACGGUCACAGGGGACAACCUGCAGACAGCUGUCACGGUGGCCAGGAACGCGGGUAUGAUUCACAUAGGCAGCAAAGUCAUCCUUGUCAAAGCAAAUGUACUGGGGGGCUCUGCUCCAGCUCCUGUUGCCUGGCAAUUGGCAGAAGACAGCAAAGCAAACACAGCUGCUGACUGCGAGGUAUGUGCUAAUGCUGAUGAAAAGAUCACCUUGGAAGGAGAAACCUGUAACUGCCAUUUUGCAAUGAAUUGAUAGUCCUAUCAGGUUAUUACAAAGCACUUCUAUAACUUGCUGCCAAAAGUACUGGUGAAUGCAACUGUCUUUGCUAGGACGUCUUCUGCCCAGAAGUCCAGCCUUGUUGAAGAGUUUUAGAAACUCAAUUACUCCGUGGGUAUGUGUGGUGAUGAUGCCAGUGACUGUGGGGCUUUGAAAAUGGCCCAUGCAGGGAUAUUGCUGUCAGGGCAGAAGGCAUCCGUGGCCUUGCCUUUCACCUCCCAAAUCCCAACAUCCAGUGUGGAAGGUUGAGCUGCUUUGGUUGCUUCCUUUGCUGUUGUUAAAUACCUGACCCUUUACAGCCUGAUCCUGUUUGUUGGUACUGUUCCCCUCGGCCCAGCUCUCCAGCCUGUCCAGGUCUCAUUGGAUGGCAGCACAGAGAAUCACCAGUAUUUGAUACAAGACGCCAUUAUUACCCUUCUGGUUUGCCUAACAAUUAGCUUGGCUGAGGCCUAUCCAAAGUUGGCACCUUAUCGCCUUCCGGGCCAGCUCAUCUCUCCUCCCUUGCUGCUCUCCAUCAUCCUCAACGUGUGCUUUACCAAAAUCAUGCAAACCUGUGGCUUUCUUCUGGUGAAGCGGCAGCAGCCCUGGAAUGUAGCGCUGGCCAGCCAGAGCCCAGGGGGAAACGAUACCAGCAGCGGUGCCCAGAGCACUGCCCUCAGUUAUGAAGACACUACUCUGUGGCCACUGUCUUCUAUCAACUCCAUCAUUGUGGCCUUCAUCUUUUCCAAAGGAAAGUCCUUCCAGAAGCCCAUCUACACCAACUGUGAGUACAGCUGGACCUGGUUUGGGGACCAGUCAAACAGCCAGUACCAAAAAUGGCAGAGGAUGCUGCAGAGGGAUCCAAACUGGCCGCCCAUAAACACGAAAGACUUUGCAGCAAAAUGCACGGAUGAGAUUUACAUUAACUCCACCAACGGAUAA